ACAAGUUCAAAGAAGCAUCGCAUUAUUCUUGCUGAUCCCUGCAGCAGCUCCUUCCCUACCAAGGCGACUAGAGUGCCCUGAGCCGUCAUGUCAGGCCUACGGAGACGCAUCUUCGGCUCGUCGACUGCAGAGUCACCUUCUCUAACACCUGAGCAUUCGCGAGAGUCGACGCCCACAUCCGAAGAGGUCCGCAUCGUGUCGGCGAAGAAACUUGACAAACUCACCGCGUCGCACAAGAAGAAGGGCUUUGGAACAAAGAGGAGGAAUGCCUGGGUCUUCGGUCUGGGAGGCCUCUUUGGCAUCCUCAUUGCAGGCUUCUUUGCAUCCAGCAAUGAGGUGUUUGAUAUGCAGGCUUUGAAGGAUAUGAACCUCGACUCUAUCCUCGAUGUCCUUCCUGCCGGCUUGAUCAAGGAUGCGCAAGCUCUUCAGAAAAACGAGCGAGAUGCUGUCGCCUAUGAUUCCUUCUCCGUUGGCCUGCAUGCCCAAUCGCAAGGUAUCACAGCCAAACAUCCCGUCAUCAUGAUCCCUGGUGUUAUUUCUACUGGUCUCGAGAGUUGGGGUACCGAUGAGCCGUCGCGACAGUACUUCAGAAAGAGAUUAUGGGGCAGUUGGAGCAUGAUGCGUGCUCUGGUUCUGGACAAGGCCGGCUGGAAGAGGCAUAUCAUGUUGGACAAGAAGACUGGAAUGGAUCCUCCUGGCAUCAAGUUGAGAGCUGCCCAGGGCUUCGACGCGACCGACUUCUUCAUCACCGGAUACUGGAUCUGGAACAAGAUCUUGGAGAACCUUGCCACUAUUGGUUACGACCCUACAAACGCUUUCACCGCCGCAUACGACUGGAGAAUGAGCUAUAUGAACUACGAGAUCCGCGAUCAAUAUUUUACACGCCUGAAGCAUCACAUCGAAACGGCUGUUCAGAUUUCCGAUAAGAAGGUCGUCUUGCUGAGUCACAGCAUGGGCUCUCAGGUUCUCUAUUACUUUUUCCAUUGGGUUGAAGCUGAAGGUUAUGGCAAUGGUGGUGAAACAUGGGUGGACGACCAUAUCGACUCCUGGAUCAACAUCUCUGGAUGUAUGCUCGGAACGCCAAAGGGCUUGCCUGCAGUGCUGUCCGGCGAGAUGAAGGACACCGCUCAACUCAACGCCUUUGCCGUCUAUGGUCUAGACAAGUUCUUGAGCCGCAACGAGAGAGCCGAGAUGUUCCGCGCCAUGCCCGGUAUCUCCAGUAUGCUUCCCAUUGGUGGUGAUUCUGUUUGGGGAGACGAAAACGGCGCUCCGGACGAUCGUCCUGAUCAAAACGUCACAUAUGGCAAGUUCUUGAGCUUCCGUCAUCUCAACUCCACCCAACUGCCCAAGAAGAACUUGACUGUUGAGGAGUCUCGUGCAUACCUGUUCAACAACACAGAAGAUUGGUACUCUGAAGCUGUUUUGAGCUCCUACUCCUUUGGUGUUGCUCAUAAACGCGAAGAAGUCGAGGAGAACCAAAAGAUCCCCCGCAAGUGGUCCAAUCCUCUGGAAACACGUCUCCCCAAGGCACCCAACAUGAAGAUUUACUGUUUCUACGGUAUUGGCAAGGAGACCGAGCGCGCAUACUACUACCGUGAAGACAAUGAGCCUGGAAGCAAGAAUGAUGUUAUGCUUGAUACUGCAGCAUCAUUCCUCAACCCUGAUGUUGAUCAUGUCGCCGACCAUGGUGUUGUCAUGGGUGAAGGGGAUGGCACUGUGAAUCUCCUCAGUACCGGUUACAUGUGCAACAAGGGCUGGAGAAUGAGAAGAUACAAUCCUUCGGGCAUCAAGAUUACAACUUAUGAGAUGCCUCACGAGCCCGAUCGUUUCUCACCUCGUGGUGGCCCCAACACUGGUGACCACGUUGACAUCCUCGGUCGCGCCUCCCUCAACGACCUCAUCCUCAGAAUUGCCGGCGGAAAAGGCGAUGAGAUUGAAGAAACAAUUCACAGCAACAUCACCCAAUACGCCGAGAAAGUCAAGAUCUGGGACGACUGAAUGUUUUUGACAUUGCAUAACCUAAUCAUCUCUUUUGGACUUCGCUAUGGCUGUAAUGUAUAUAGAAGGGUGUGUCUUGGAAUAGAAAGGGGGGACAGGCGGCAUGGCAUGUAUUUAUGAAUUUCUCACCUACGCUCUUGCAUGUUUUUGCUCUGAUCCUACGCUCUUGCACUCUUUUGUGAUCAUCCUUAUGCCUUCCUUUCUGGGGUGGUUCUUGGCUCCUGCUAUAAUUUUUUGGGUCUUACCGUGUUGACAUGGUGUGAAUUCGUGAUAGUGGAUGAUGGCAGGAGCGAUGGAUCAAGGAGGCAGGAUUCUUUUUUGAUCAAACGCA